UUGAUUGGUUUAAAUCGCUUACACUGCAAUGGUUUGGAGUAAGAAAAAAACAUAAAUUUUCUUCCAAAGUUAGCAAAAAUGGCUUCUCGAUUCAUCUUCCUUAAAACGCAGCCAGAAGAGUAGUAACAAUCCACACCAUACCGCCAUUAAUGGCUUCUUUUCCUUCAUCUCCCUUCCUCCUUUCCCUCCUCUUCCUCCUCCUCCUCCCCUUUCAUUCCGACGCCAAUCUCCACAAAAACACCCUCCGACCUCCGGAUCUGCUUUACGACUCCGACCUCACAACAACCGCCAACCAUUCUACUCCACCGACCGUCUUCUUCGAAGUCACCAAACCCAUUGAUACGCCCAAGGCCAAACCCUGCUCUCUCCUCGUUCUUCACCACGAUUUCGCCUCCACUUACGGAAAAUCCCCCGUUCUUGCGAACUACACCCCUCCUUCUCAUUGCUCGUUUACUAAAUUCUCUAAGAUCGUCCUCGAAUGGAACGCGACUUGUCGAGGAAGGCAAUUCGAUCGAAUCUUCGGCGUUUGGCUUAGCGGUGUUGAGAUUCUUCGUAGCUGCACGGCGGAGCCUAGGGCUACGGGGAUCGUUUGGACAGUUCAGAAGGACAUUACGAGGUAUUAUUCAUUGCUUUUGAAGAAUCAAACUCUGGCUGUUUAUUUAGGUAACAUUAUCGAUCACACAUACACUGGAAUAUACCAUGUGAAAGUUCAUAUCCAUUUUUAUCCUGAAGUGAAUGAUUCUGGUGAUCAUAUACUACUGUCUUCUCCAAAAUUAGCGUCUGGCUAUGAUUCUGAUUCUAGGGCUGAUUUAAUCAUACCUAUUUCCCGGAAUUUGCCACUGAAUGAUGGAUUAUGGUUUCAUGUUAAGAAUUCAACUGAUGUUCAGUUGAAGAACUUUGAAAUUCCCCAAAAUGUUUACAGGGCUGUGUUGGAAGUUUAUGUGUCGUUUCAUGAGAACGAUGAGUUCUGGUAUUCAAAUCUUCCAAAUGAUUACAUUACUGCAAAUAAUCUCACUGAUUCACCUGGAAAUGGACCUUUUAGAGAGGUUUUAGUUAGUCUUGAUGAUGAGAUUGUUGGAGCCAUUUGGCCUUUUACUGUUAUCUUUACAGGAGGUGUUAAUCCCCUUCUUUGGAGGCCAAUAUCUGGAAUUGGUUCCUUCAAUCUACCCUCUUAUGACAUAGAACUCACACCAUUUUUAGGCCAUUUGUUAGAUGGAAAGCUUCACACCUUUGGAUUCAGUGUCACACAUGGUUUAAAUGUCUGGUACAUCAAUGCCAACCUUCAUCUUUGGUUGGAUGAACACUCUGCAAAAACCGAAGGAAAGCUCUUGAAUCACGUUGUCUCGCCCCGUUCCGUUUCGAUGAAUUCGAACUUUACAGGUCUAGAUGGGGUGUUCUUGACGAAGGUAACCCGAUCGGUAUCGUCAAGUGGAUGGGUGAAAUCGUCUCUUGGAAUUGUCACAACUGAAACAAAUCAAGAUCUUAGUUAUAGGAACUCAAUGGUGAUGGGAAAUGAUGGAAACAGCCAGAUUGUGAACCAGGAGAUUCAAUUCAAUUGUAGUGUUGAUGCCAAGAAGAAAUCUUCUGUUGUUUAUUCAUUCAAAUCUCUGAAAACUUUCCCUCUUUACAUGUACUCAGACAUCAAAGAUGGAGGAAAUGGAAGUUAUGAAUCAUUAGCUAACUUGACAUUGGGAUUCAAUGAGAAGAGGAGUGAUGGGGUUGGAUCAUUUAUGAGCUCUGUUAAGAAUGUUCAAAAUGGGCAGGGGAGAAUGGUGGUGAAGGGCCAUUUGGUGGCAAGUGGGUUGGGAAGUACGCAGCAGGAUUACAGAUUCCAUGGUGAUGAACACUGUUAUUCCAGGAACAUAAGCAGCUCAAACUACACCAUUGUUUAUGAUGAUGUGAAGAAAAUCUGUGGGAAGAAGAAACUGGAAUCAGCUGGAGGUUUUAGGUUUAGAAGAUGGCCGAUUCCUGGUUCUUUAGAUUCAAAUCUCCAUGGCAAUGGUGGACGUUUAGAAUGAUGUUGUUCAUGGUAUGUACUGAAUGUUUAAGCUGCUGUUGUGUCAGUUCUUCAGGGAUUCCUGCAUGCUUGUAAUUCAAAUAAAACUGCUCCUCCCCUCUUCCCUUUUGUUCA